CAUAACCACGUGUACGUUUUACCCAAUCUGCGCCAGGCCAUGGUGUUCUCCUACUGACGUGUCGUAUUCAGCUAUUAUCGGGGAAAAGGCGUUUUGUUUUCAUGCUACUUCUUUAACCAGCAGGUAGAACCAUGUCAGAGCCCAGGAAACAAGAUAUUUCUGCCAUUUUUAAGCGACUACGCUCCAUUCCCACGAAUAAGAUUUGCUUUGAUUGUGCAGCUAAGAACCCCAGUUGGGCAAGUAUCACCUAUGGUGUUUUUCUGUGUAUAGACUGCUCUGGGACUCACAGGUCUCUGGGGGUACACCUGAGCUUCAUUAGGUCUACUGAGCUGGAUUAUAAUUGGUCUUGGUUCCACCUGAGAUGUAUGCAAGUGGGAGGCAAUGCCAAUGCGUUUGCAUUUUUCAGUCAACAUGGGUGCAUAUCCAGUGCUGCCAAUACCAAGUACAACAGUCGAGCUGCUCAGCUGUACAGAGAGAAGAUAAGGACUUUAGCCACACAAGCCACCAGAUGUCAUGGCACUGACCUGUGGCUUGACAGUCAGGCUCCUUACUCUCCAGUGUCACCUGAUGACAAACAGGUGGAUUUCUUCAAUCUGCAUUCACAGAAUGAUCCUGAAAAUCUAAACAUGGCCAAAAUGAGCCUCACCUCCUCCACAUCAGAGAAGCCUUUAACCCCAGAAAAAAAGGAAGACAACAAUGGUAACUCAGAGGAAGGUCCAAGUGUGGAAAUGCUGAGUGUUUCUCCAAAAGCAAAUCCAGAGGUGUCCUCUCUUCUCAAAAAGAAGCCAGCUGCUGCCAAGAAGACCUUGGCUGCUAAGAAGGGUGGUCUGGGCGCUCAUAAGGUUAGCAGCCAGAGUUUCUCAGAGCUGGAGAAGAAGGCUCAAGCUGCAGACAAGCUCAGAGAGAGAGAAGAGGGUGCCGUUAGUGCCAAGAAGAAUAUCCAAUCUGAGGAAUCCAUCACUCCAUCCCUGCGUCUGGUUUACAAAGAUCUUGAGCAGCAGAGGAAACUAGAGGAGCAGAAGUUGAAGGGAUUCGAGGGCAAGAAGAAGGAGCAAGCUGAGCGACUGGGGAUGGGUUUAGGUAUCAGGAGUGGAGUUUCUCACUCUAUGACAUCAGACAUGCACAUCAUCCAGCAGGAGAAUCCACUGGGGACCAAGACCACCAGAGGACGGCAGUUAGCUGAGGAAGAUGAUGAUGAUGAAGGCUCAUUCAGCUCCAGAGUCUUGUCCCGGUUUGAGGAUCAAACUGAAGCAUCAGAUAAUUUCUCCUCACGUUGGGGUGAUGGAGGGGCUGGUGGAGGUUGGAUGAUGGAGACAAAGAACUCAGAGCGUGACAUCUACUUGUCCUCCACUAUAUCUUCACUAGAUGACAGGCCAACAUCCAGAAGAAAACCAGAAGCGGUGCCAGUCUCAGACACAGGAGAAGCUCGGAGGAAGUUUGGAAAUGAGAUCAAAGCCAUCUCCUCUGAGAUGUACUUUGGAAAACAAGACAACUCUGAAUAUGAGGCCAAAACAAGACUGCAGAAAUUUUCAGACAGUGCCUCCAUAAGCUCAGCAGACCUUUUUGAUGAUCCAAAGAAACCGACUGCGAGUUCGUAUCGUCUGACCAACAUGCUGCCCAAUGCUCCUGACAUGUCACAGCUCAAACUCGGAGUGCGCACAGUCGCAGGAAAACUCUCUGUUAUGGCCAGUGGCGUAGUUAACUCCAUUCAGGAUCAAUACAACUCCUGAGUCGUGUUGUCCUGUUGAGUUCAACGUCUGGUGAUUACCAACCAGAGUUGGAUCACUUUCCCAGUGAGUGCUGGUUCCUUAUCUGGGGAGACAAGGACAGAUCAAUCAGUGCUUUGGGCGAAUCUGCCCUAUGACACAUCAAAAUUUACCCCAGGAAUAGCCCAUACACAUCUAUAUCUGGUUUGUUUUGGGUUUUUUUUUUUUUUUUUUUUUUUAAGAUCAUGUAUAUACAACCAUUGCUAGAAUCAAGAUGGCUGUAGCACAGUAUUCGUUCCUCUGCAGGCACCUGGAAGGGGAAUCUCUGUGUAUAAUGCAGUCAUGAGGAAUAUUUGCAAUAUAAUAAACAUUUGCUUUGAGGUUUUGGUUAUAAAUGUUUAUUAAAACUGUAUGUAGCAGUCUGAAGAUUUGUGAUGUUAUGAAGGAGGGAUUUUCUUUUUUAAUUCCUUUAUUACUUAACUGGUUAAAACACUCAUUCAUCACACGCACUCUGUGUUGUAUUGUCUUGCACAUUCCCACAUGUUUGAAAGUGUCCUUUCUGUCCCCAAAGUGCACUUAUGUUUGCUCUUCCACAGACAUGACCAGAAGCUGAUAACAAGGCCUUCGGGGACCAGAUAUAUAUAUAUAUAUUUUUAAAUUGAGUACAUCAGUUAUGUAAAUUGAUACCUAGCACUUAAGUGUCAUUAUCUUGCAAAUAGCCAUGUUUUUAUUUUAGGUUAUGCAUCUGGCAUAGUAAAAAAAAUUGACAUGAAGCUUGAGCAACUAUUAAACACUAAGUUUAAAGGCAUUUUAGGAAAUGUGCUUAUUUGUUUCCCUGCUGAGAAUUAAGUGCAUUUUCCAAAAUGCCAAGCUGUUCCUUUAAAAACAGGGAAUCAAAGUAAAAGCAAUAGAAUCCUUCUUGAUGUAAAUAUGCCAGCUGUACUCCAUGUAAAUUCAUUUUUCUUCAGACUCAUUGCUUUGAAUUGGACACUUUAAAAUGUAAUCAGGAAAAAAUAUCAACUUUAUUGAUUUAUUGAAUGAAGGGGGGGGGGGCUCUGUUUGAUUUAUUUUCUAAUAGCAUGUUCUUUAAAGCUAGGUUUUGCCACUAUGGUGGGACUUUUUUUUUCUUUUACUUUCACACCCCAGUGUAUAUCAGUACAUGUCCAAUGGAAAAAAAA